UACCUGUGAGAGCGACGUCCUCUUGUGUGUUACGUUCCACUGUGAUCUUCUGGGCGAAGAAAAGAGAGUAAAGAUCGUUUCUGGAGAAUCAUCUAGUGAAUAUUUGGACCUCAUCUUUCAUGGCGUCCAAAUGCUUGUCCUGUAGUAAAGGUGUCACCACCCGUUCCAAAGCAGUGCAGUGCUCUGAAUGUGAUGGGUGGAUGCACAUCGCCUGCUGCGGCAUCUGUCCUGAUCAAUAUAUGCACUUGCAGCGAUUCACCUCGCCUGCCAUCAAUUUCUUUUGCGACAACUGCCGUGCCUCACUGAAUUGCAGGCGUCUUCUCGCCGGACUAUCUGCGUUGAGCAUUGAUUCUUCUUCUCCGACGAAGCCUGAUACGAUUCACGAUACAUCUGCUCCACCGUGCUCACCAUCAACAUCUACCUCCGGUUGGAUCACCCCCAUAGGCAAGCGAAGUCGAACCACGUCCACUACGCAUACGGAUCCAUCUACACAGAUCCUGCCCACUGAUCCCACCACAAGAUCUUAUGCGGCAGUUGUGAGGGAAAGCGCGGUCUCUGUCCCUAUUUGCAAUAGCCCGACUACAGGUGGCGCCAAGUCCAGGCCUAAGCCCGUCGAGAAACCCAAACCUAAGCUAUCAUCUCAGUCUCAAAUGAAGCUUGUUCUCGACAGACUAUCUGAGCUUGAGAAAGCUGCCAAGGAAAAUCCGCCCCGUAGCAAGCCACAUGUUCCUGAACGUACCCAGCCAUCUCGCGACCGUUGUCUUAUCAUCAUGAACGCAGCGGAAUCGGAAAAACCAACCCCUGCGGAACGAAUACUAGAUGACCAAACACUGCUUGAGCGAUUGGUCUCAUUGCUAUUUGACAAAGGUGAACAGGGAAUCAAUAUUGUAUCUGCCUUCCGUCUUGGUAAAAAACAAGAGGAUAUCUCGAGAAAUCGCCCCCUUAAAAUCGUUUGCCGGGAUGAGGAGGAAUGCCGACGCAUCCUGCGAAGGACCUCGCGUCUCAAAGGCGAGCCAUUCUAUGUACUUCGUGACCUCUCACCAGAAGAUCGAGUCAAAAUGAAAAAGGCCGUAGAAGAACUACGCACAAGACGGGGAAGUGGUGAAACAGACCUCCAUAUUGUGGAUUUUCGAGUAGUUCGAAGGACUCCGAAAACACGUUGGAGGCCCAUUCUCCUCACCCCCGGACAAUAAACUAUAAGGUCCCGCUGGAAACCACUGUUCCUCAUCCCCGGGACUUAAAAACAAGGAGAAAGAAUGGACUACAGGUAUUGGUUGCAAAUGUCCGUAGUCUCAGAAACAAAUUUGACGAGGUACAUGCUCUUACCGCAAAGCUACUUCCUGACCUGUUGGCCUUCACUGAGACUUGGCUCACUUCAGACAUCUCCGACUCUGAGAUCCACAUCUCAGGAUACCAACUUUUCCGUACUGACCGAUCUGGAUUUAGAGUUGGUGGUGGCGUAGUACUCUACUGGAGAGAGGAUCUUCAAGUUCAUCUCGUAGAAACCGUCAGCGACGCUGUUGGUGGCGCAGAGCUACUCUGGUGUAGGAUCAACGAUGGCUUCAAAUCCCUUAUGGUUGGCGUCAUCUACAAAGCCCCGUGGGGACAUGGUACUUCUGUACUAGACUUUAUCAACUCGCAUGGAAACCGCAGAGAUUGUCUUAUUGUGGGCGACUUCAAUGCCCCGCAUAUCAAUUGGGAUCUACUACACUGCCACCUUUCCCCCGAGUCAUUUGACACCAGCCUCCUUGAAACUGUCCUCAAAACGAAUCUCACCCAGCAUAUAACAUCGCCCACCAGGCUUCUUCCCGGCCAGACUCCGCACAUUCUUGAUCUUGUGCUCACUCCGUCCCUGGCAGAUGUCUCAGAAUUGACCCUUCUACCACCCAUAGGCAAAAGCGACCAUUGUACAAUCUCCUUCCUAUGGACUAAACGUCUAGCUAUCCGAACCCGGAGCGCACACCGUCGCAACUUCUGGCGAACCGACGCAUUCAAGCUAAGGGUGGCAGCAGGUACAUUGGACUGGAAUGUUCCACAACACUUAGAUCUCGAUGCUGCUUGGAACGAUUUAUCCCGCAAAUUGAAGCUUCUCAUCGAGGAGGCCGUCCCAUUCAAGAAGAACAGGCCUCUUUCUAAGGGUCCUCCCUGGAUCGACCGAGAACUAAGGGCCAACAUGAAACAACGACGAAAACUAUGGGACAGAUUCAAGCUUUCCCGCUCAGACUCAGACUACUCUAAAUACAAAGCCAUCAGGAACUUCUGCUCCCUGCAGAAACGUGAAAAGAGACAACGAUACGAACAUAGCCUGGCCGAACAAUCUCUCUCUAGGCCAAAGAUACUAUUUUCUUACCUCAAUAGAUCCUCCAAGACGGGCUGUGGAAUUCCUGCAUUGUCUACCAAUGAGCCAGAUAUGAUACACUAUGAUGAUGACGCCAAAGCUGACCUCUUGGCUCUACAGUUCUCCUCAGUAUAUACGAAGGGAGACAGACUCGCAAACCCUCAUAUAGUUGCGCACACAGUACCUCUGGAACAUAUCGACAUCGAUGCAGGUGCUAUCUUGAAGCUACUACUAGAACUGAACUCCUCUUCCUCACCAGGCCCAGACGGGUUACAUCCACACUUUCUCAAGAUGGUUGCAGAAUUCAUUGCCGUCCCACUUUGUCAAAUCUUUCAGCUCUCUCUUAAAGCUGGUCGACUACCUGUCGAUUGGAAGACGGGUGUAGUUAUGCCGAAAUACAAAGGGGGAAGCCGCCAGGACCCUGCGAACUAUCGGCCAAUUUGCUUGACGUCGGUCGCCUGCAAGAUCAUGGAAAAGCUCAUUAAAUCUGCUCUCCACCGACACUGCGAAGAUCUGAACUUCACCUCAGUCACUCAGCAUGGCUUCCGAAAGGGGCACUCCUGCAUCACUAACCUGUUGGUCGCUAGAGAGAAGUGGGCCAAAUUAGUGGACGCUGGAAAACGUUUAGAUGUGGUCUUCAUCGACUUCAGCAAAGCUUUUGACAGAGUCCCACAUCAGGAACUACUCUCUAAGCUCGGCGGAAUUGGCGUGACAGGGAACCUCCUACUAUGGAUCAGUGACUUCUUGCAAGGCCGGAACAUGCAAGUCAAAGUAAACGAUACCCUCUCAUUCCCCGUGCCCAUGUAUAGUGGCGUACCACAAGGCUCCGUUCUCGGACCGGAAUUGUUCAAAAUAUAUAUCAAUGAUCUACCAAGUAUUCUACAAACGGACUGUCUGAUCUAUGCAGACGAUCUCAAGCUAUGGUCGGAAGUGUCCAGCCUCGAAGAUGCCGACCGACUGCAGGAAACGCUUGAUCUACUACACUCCUGGUCUAUCAAGUGGGGUUUGCCGGUCAACAAAGAUAAAUGCUCAGUCCUUUCUAUAGGUGCUGCUGAACCACUGGGCAUCUAUCACAUUGGCGGGCACCUACUCAAGAUUGCCACACAGGAAAAGGACCUGGGGACAAUAAUCUCCUCUGAUCUCAAAACGACCCUUGACACGUUAAAGAAAACUGCUGCGGCGAACAGGAUGUGGGGCGCCAUAAGGAGAUCAUUCUCUAAAAUGACGCCGCAGAUAUUUAGACUUCUCUUCACCUCCCAUAUCCGUCCCAUUCUUGAAUUCGGACAUCCGGCCAUAGCCCCCUUAUCUAAACAUGAAAGUGACAAGAUCGAAAAAAUACAGCGACGAGCCUCGAAAUUUGUCCUUGGGCUACGCAACCUCCCGUACCCCACCCGCCUACAGAGGAUGAACCUUUUUCCCUUAGACUAUCGCCGACGUCGCGGAGACCUCAUCUAUACCAGGCGCAUCCUACGAGGAGAACUGGGAAACGAGCUAAGGCAGUUCUUUCAGCUAAGACUUGGCAGCUCGACUCGAGGUCACAGCUGGAAGCUUUUUAAACCGAGGAGGCUCAAAGUCCGCUCAGAUGUCGCUCUCUCUACUCGAGUGACUAAUGAUUGGAACCGACUGCCGGACCCGAUUGUCAAUGCGCAAUCAGAAGCGAGUUUCAAACGUUUGCUAGACAUCUUCCUACUGAGUACUCCAGGAUCCUGCAGGGCUGGUAUUACAUCCUGAGCCAUGACAGCCAACUCGCUUGCAAUCCUUGGAAGAUCGGGAAGCGAAGGAGCUGACACGGGACCCCCUUCUGCUCUCUACCACUCAAUGAACUCAAUGAAUGAACUCAAUGAA